AUGGAAGCUAAGACUGCGACAUUUGUACUCUUGUAUGAGGAACUUGGGGGCAGAGGCAGUGACAAGAGAUUGUACUGGUUAGCCAAGGUUAGAGAGAGGAAGGCUCGGGGAAAUAAAGGAGAUAACCAGUUCAGAUUCAUACCGCAGCGGUCGACUACAGAAGCUAUUCAUCUUGUGAGGAGAUUGGAGGAGCAGUAUAGGGAAAGGAAGAAGGACUUGUAUAUGGUGUUCAUUGAUCUAGAAAAACCCUAUGACAAAGUCCAGAGUGAGGUUCUAUGGAGAUGUUUAGAGGUUAGCGAAAUUCUAGUAGUGUACACUAGGGUGAUUAGGGAUUUGUACGAUGGUGCUAAAACUUGGGUGAGGACUGUGGGAGGAGACCUGGAACAUUUUUAUAGUGAUGAUGGGGUUACAUCAGGGUUCAUCUCUUAG